ACUUAUGUCAGUUCUGCGAAGCCGUCACACUGCAGGCUAAAAUGACUUGCGAUAUACAGGUUAAGCGUUAUGUGAAAAUGUGAAACUGACUAUAGUUUGACAAUAGCUCUUUGUCAAGUAGUCAGUGUUUGGGGGGAUAAAAUCUUUUUAUUUGUUGAGUCAGUUGUGGGCACAUGGCUGUUGUAGACAGACAGUCAAAAGAUUGUAUGAACAUCCCUGAAAACAUUGCAGAAAUCCCUAUUUGCUCGUGGCUGUGAUUUGUAACCCUCAGAGGAGAAAUGAAUGGAGGUCAUGGACAAGGAGUUAUUGCACACACCUGUUGAUGGGAGUAAUGUUGUUAGGUAGUUAAAAUGGAGAUGUAAAAAAAUGUAAUCAACUCUUGGAUACAUGCUGUCACCAGCCCAUCAUGGAACAGAGGUGCACCUAGACCGACAUUGUGAAGCUGAUACGCUGUCAACUGUGCAAGCAUUCCUAGGUGAAAAGGACAUUGUCCUGCCUGCCUUUUAUAACUGCCAAGCUGAAGAAAAGUGUUUGAUGCUGAUAAAACGUCCAAAGGACACCUUUAAAAAGAUGUUGAAGGCCCACAGCUGGGCAAAUGUUUAUUUAUCAGACGAUCAAUUAUCCCCACCCAGAGAUAUACCCGUGCAUUUUUACAGUAAUACAAUGACCAGGCUGAGAAAGCACACGAGUCGUUUGAAGAAAAAGGAAGAUAGUGAGUCUUGCACAUCAGCUACCACCGAAGAUGUCACCCAUGCACACCAUUUGCCACAGGAACAAAGUUAUGACAAUGCCCACCAAAAGCACAAAACAUCACAUGUGUUCAUACCCAUAUCAAUGACAAGGAACAUUGGAAACAACCAUAAAUCUCCUUCUCACAGAGAAAUAAACAACAAUUCAUCCCACAGGGUGGUAAAGGACACAGUGCCAGUGCAUGAUGAUGCUGCUGCCCUGUCCUCAACGUAUGAUAGUUGUACAGACAUACCGAUCCUCCCCUUGGUACCAGAGUUAGAUCAUGAUGAAGGACAAAUAACAACUGACCAGUUGUACACGACUUUCAACACAGAUAGUGAUGAGUUGGGCAACUCCACUCCUGACCAUGUAUUCCGAGCUCACAGCCUAGGCAAUUUAACAACCGGGCUCACAUUAUCAGUAGUUGGGCAGAGAAAUGCUGGCAGCAUGUUAAAUCUGACUACCAAACUUAACUUGACCACACAACAUACCAAAACAUCUCUUGGCUUACUGAAAGAAUCCAGGCUGAGGCAACUUACAGAAAUUAACGGAAAUAUUCCUGAAGAAACAACUCAGAAACUGAUAGAACAUGCAUGUGAAAGUGGCCACUUAUCACAACAAAGUCACUGCCUUGACCAGGGUAGAGUGUCGCCAAGCAUUGUUUCAUCCAGGGAAAUAACUUCACUAAAGGGAAAAAGGAGUCUGCCUCAUGUGCCAGUGAGUGAAGCAUCUGAGAGAAUUAAACGUUUCACAGAGCUAAUGAAGGCAAGGAUGGCAUUGAAUAGUAGAGCUAGUCAAGGUACAAUUUCAGUGAGUUCAAUGCCAGUUACACCACACCAAUCUGAUGCUCAACAUAAUGUAGUCAUUCCAUCAGAUAAUGAAGUGUCCAGUUUCUUUUAUCCUGGUGAGAGUGCAGGUCACAGGACACCUAGAAACGCUCAGGACAGAGCACCACACUAUCUGCAUACAGAAACAACUCUGUCUGAAGCUAAUUACAGAAAACCAAAAUGUAGAGCUCCAUGUGAUGCUCACCAGCACAAAGGGGUGAGACCAGGGCACUUGCUAUCGCUGAACUGUACACCCCAGGUGCCAGACUACAGCACAGAUUCAGGGCAAACAACUCUUCAUUCACAUUCACAUUGCAGUACAUUAGACUCUGGAUAUGUCACAAACAAUGGUUUUGACGCUGACAUUAUGAACACAAAGGUUUCUCAUUCAAACAAUCAGAGAAGGACUACUGAGGGCUCAAGGCUGCCACAAACAACGUACACAAGCAAUUAUUCAGAUAAUUUACAUUCAUCCUCUUAUGAUCGUGUUGGAAAUAACACUGUUGAUUAUGAUUUUCCUGAUACAUCCAGUCAAGGGAGUGCAAAUAGGAGAGAAGUGACACUGGACACUGUUAUCAAAAAUAAUGUACUGAAAGGAAUGGAACACUCACAUCAAACAUUUCUUGCAACCAUUAAUGGAUUUCGCCCUGUGAGAGAGGAUGGUAGUUUUCAGGAAUACCACAAUGAUAAUUAUCAACCUAGACAUGGAGAAACUGUUCUUGAUGCAGGUCAUUUCAGUCAUCAUACAAGUGGCAAAAAGAUUACACAUUAUGCCUCUCAGCCAAAUCUAAAUUUGAUUCCUUCUGAAAGCAGUGAAGAAAGCCUUGUGAGUAAGAGACCAAGUCUUCAAAGAGUCCUCCAUAGGAGUAUACCUGUAAAUGUAAGAUACAACAAAGUUGAAAAUCCUCUCAGAUCUAAAAAUAUCUCUGCUCGGAGGCACUGGAGUGAUAGUAAUAGGGACCCAGAACAACGAUUUAGUGGUGUCCAUUGUUCGACGGAGUCUGGCUCAUCAUCUCACAAACCAUCCUGGGGUUCUGGACAGCAGGUUGAUGCAUAUCUUCAACAUCAAGUAGCAUCACAACACUCUGCUGAUUCACAAUACUGUGCCACUCUUCCUGGAAAUUGGAGAUUUAAUGGAAAGGGAGACAUUGGCUGCAAAAUACCUGCUGCCAAAUUUCCAAACCUGUAUCAGUUAGCUCAAAUGUAUAAUUUUCAUGGAACAAAGGUUGUACUUCCUAGAGGACUCUCUUUGUAUGAAUCUCUUCAACUAACAGACCAUGUAGUUGAGCUACCUACUUUGAGAGAAACUCCCAAAGAUCCUGGGAUUUCCUCCGUGCCUACAGGCCAUUACCCUUGCCUUGGUGGACCAGGUAGUGCCUUUCAACCUGUCAAAUCUAAAGGUGUCACACCAUUUACCUUAAUUGCAGUUGGUGGAAUACAAGAGAAUAUACUUGAUGCUACAAGUGAUUUGAAGACAGGAGAUAUCAUAAUUGAGAUGAAUGGGCGCCUUAUUCUCGGUGCAGAUUCCAAACUGGUCCAUAAAACACUGGAAAUUAUUCAAGGGGAAAUAAUUUUGACUGUUGCACGUUCAAAAUCUGAAGUCAACGAUAAAUCUGUUAAAAUGGACCAAAUGAUAAAGGAAAUUGAUUUCCUCCGUGCCCAGAUUGCACAACGGGAUACAUGCAUUAGGGACAUGCAUUCUCUGUGCCCAUGGCAGCAAGAAGUGUCUACUAUUACUAACAGGUUGAAGAAUGAUGAUAUUCCCAAUGAAGAGGUGGAAAUAAGUGAUGAUGAGUUCAUUGUAUAAGAAAAAGUGUCACAACAGACCUGAGUUCCAACAAGACUUUUAUUUGCACUUGUACUUGUUGACAGAAAGUUAGAGAUCACCCAUCUGUUUUAGUGUGAUGAAAGUUUAUAUACAAUCUCUGUGGUGUGGUCUGGACGUGAUAAGAUAGGGUCAAGACGCAAGCCUCAAGAAUAUUUGGUUCCAUUCAUGAGAAACAAGCAUAAUUCAAACAGUGUCAGAGUUAUGCCUAUAUGUCAAAGUCAGUUUUAAGGACAAUCACUCCUAAAACUACUUGAAAACAGUUUCAUUUCUAAAGAAAUGGCAGUAUAAUGUACAUAAAUGUUUUUACAUGUGACUAGUGAUAAUUAAAGGUCCAGGUCACCCCUUUUGAAAUAAGCAUCCAAACCCCUGGUAACUAUGCUUGAUUCUUUUUAAUAGGAAAAUAGACAUGAUGUGCAUGAUCACUAAAGUGUGACCAAGGCCAUGGGUUGGCAGCUAAAGUCUGUUUGACUCCAAAUGAGAACGAUGAAU